AAGAGCAUAAUAGGGGAUAUAAUGCGGCUGAGCUCCGAGCUACUCAUCUCUUUGGUUCCUUCGUUGACUUUUUCUUAUUCUGGUUUAUCUUCUAAUCGUUUGAAACCUCUCGAAAAGAGUGAUUGGCGUGGUAAUCUUAGUUGAAGUUUCGUUCCUCUCUUAGAUCUUUUGCCUUUUGUUCCAUCUCUCACGGUUUUCUUAGCUCGGUUUAAAAACUAAACUAAUCGAAGAAGAAGAAGCUUGUUUCACCAGUGAUCUUUCUUUCGGUGUGUGUUUGAUCUUUCGAAGAAGAUUUGCGACGCACAGGAGUUACUGUUUGCUACAAUUGGAUAUGAGCUCUGUUUGCGGUGGGUUUGAUUACAAAAAUGCAGAGUCCCACAUCUCUGCUUCCAGCCCCAAUAAAUGUUCUAAUAAUGGUUCGAAUCAUGUCUCCGUUACCGGAUCUGAAGAUGCUCAGGAGUCUGAUGGGGAUGAUAGUGGUAAUAUACACCAAUAUCUGAAUGAAGAAUCCAAAGACAUCACCGAACCGGUGAUCCCAGAGCCUUUAUUACCUCUCAAGUCUUCCGAUGAUGAAGGAGAAGACAAGAACCUUGCCAAGGACAUGCUCUCUGAGAGUCCACAGGUGAGUGCUGCUAUUGUCAUCCCAGCCAUUAAAGGCAGCCGAGAGAAGCAUGGCAAGUCCGUCGAGAAGCUGAGCGUGUCAUGGGCUGAAGAUGUGUAUGAUCCUCCACCUUCCAUCGUCUCUCACACGAGGAGCAA